GCCGCCUAAACGACUUGCUGUUAAUCAUCUCUCGAGUUGCUCUGUCCGCUCACCUGAGACUCUUCCAAACUUCACUAGCUUUUCUUGGAAUCCAAUUCCAACAUAGUACCUAUAACUUCUUCAUGUCACAAGCAUCAGGCGCCGACGAAGCCGAGGAUCAACGCACCCACAAUGACGAGCAACUUUUCCCGCAAAAGGAUGUCGUAGGACUCAUCAAGGAGGAGAAUAUCAAUGUUGAACCUUUGGCAGAGCCGCCAUCAGGGAUCUCAAAUGCUGGACCUUCACGGCCAUCGGGACUUCUGAUACAGCAAAAUACAUCCAAUGUUUCAUUAGUCAGUGAUUUAUCAAUCGAGGUGAAAAAGGUUGUGACAGAGAAGGACGAGCCGACUCUAAGGGAUUUAGCAAAUAUCAUGACGGAAGUGUUGGAGGUUCUCAAGGACUCGACGAUUGCGUCGAAGAGUGGAAAGGACGAACGGUCUCGUUUCUGGAGGGUGUACAAAAGAGUCGCGGAGGAACACGACAGCGAGUUCCUCGAGCGAUACACUAGCGACAUGAACAUCGUCCUGAUCUUCUCUGGUCUUUUCUCCGCUGUCGGCACGUCUUUCAUUGUCGCGAUGGAGUCCGAUUUCAGUCCCGACCCCAGCGACACCACAAAUGCACUUUUGAAGCAACUCGUGCAGAUCGGACUCGGCAAUCUCGCUGAGGCAGGCUCCGCUCCCGUAGACCCAGCAUCUGGGUGGUCUCCGACUGCGUCGACCUUAUGGGUCCAAACGAUCGCAUAUGCGAGUUUGUCUAUGAGCUUGCUCGCUGCAUUUGGGGCGGUGCUGGGAAUGCAGUGGCUAGGGUACUACAAGUCGAAGAGAUAUGGCCGCGGCUCGCAGGAGCAGCAAGGGAAGCGCCGGCAAGAGCAGUUCGACGGCAUUGUGACAUGGUAUUUUGAUGCUGUGGUGCAAUCGUUUCCGGUCUUACUUCAGAUCUCUCUUCUUCUGUUUGGGAUCUCUCUUGGCGCCCAUCUGUGGUACGAGCAGGCGAGCGUCGCCUGGGUCCUCAUCGCAACGACGGUCUUCGGAUUUUUAUUUUAUUCCCUGACUGUGAUGGCUUGUUUGAUAUCUACCACUUGCCCAUUUCAGACACCGAUAUCAAUGCUAUUACACGUGUUGCACGUCGACAGUAAGAUCAUUUUGCCGUAUUCUAGUGGUGGUUCCCCAUCUGAAUCAACAUUGCAGGGGUUCUACACCAGGUAUUCAAACGAGUUUUCUGUUAUUUCCAGCGGGCCACGACGUUACUGCACAGUGAGUUAUGUCUUCUUCUAUGUGGACAGGUUCUGA